ACCGGCACACAAGGUCAACCACCCAAAUCGCAGGCCUUCAGGACUCACGCCCACCCGCCCGGAACCUCAUCAUCCCGAUCAACUCACCGAUCAACGAAGCCGAUACGCCAUGCCUUGUGAAGUCAAAGACAUCAAAAGCUUUCUCUUGAUCGCUCACCGAAAAGAUGCCAAAGCUUGCCGGAUCAAAAAGUCGACCCGGACAACUGCCAAAGGCGUAUCCACCAAGGUCACCAAGUUCAAAGUCCGAUGCUCCAAAUAUCUGUACACACUCGUUCUGACUGACCCCGAGAAAGCCGAGAAGCUACGAGCAUCCCUCCCUCCAACUCUCAAGGUCGAAGAUGUAGACAAAGAGAAGUCCAAGAAGAAGGCAUAGAUCUCUUACGCGCCUUGUUACACAUGAUUAGAUCACAACUAUGCAAUUUAUGUCAAACUCGAGAUUCUACCAAACAAUAGUUGACCAAUCCCUGCUCAUCCUUCAAUCGCAUCAACGGUUUUAUGCCUCUUGAACUCACUGUUGCUCAACCUGACUUUAUAAUGAUAAACGCGCGGUUCCCCAAACGAGAUCCCGCUUGUCACCAUCAUAGGCGACGUGACAAAUAAUGUGAAGCGUUGAU